CAACCCCUGCGUGUGGAGGGUGUAUGUGCUCGGCGGCGGCUCCACGGAGGAACAGUUCUGCAAAGACUCUCCUCCUCAACAAGCUGAACCAACGCUCUCUGCAACUCUUCGCGUCACCUGAUGGCGUCGACAUCGGCGGUGUUGGGCGCCGCCACGGGGGCCGGCCUGGCCCUCUUAGUCGCCAUGACACUGGUCAUCUACCGAUACUACGCGCACAAAAGGAAAGCAAAAGAGUGGAGCGCCCUGGAGCGUUGCAGCUCGAGCGGCUCCCGUCAGUCUAGAGGUCAAGGGUCAAACUACAACUACACAGUCAGUCAACAGCAGCAAUUCAGCCUGCCCAAAGAGUCUCACGCCGUGCAACCAGGCAGCUCAGCGGCCGUACUCGCUCACCAGUCGCGCUCCUUCCCAGGAGGUCAGCCCCGCCUCGCCAGGUCACCGUCUGUGUCUUCGCAGGGCAGCGUCGACAGCGGCUCUGUCGCCAGACAGGGCCACCGAGGUUCCUCGCCCCAAAUCCGCACGUUCACGCCGGACGGUCGCUCCUCGGAGGACGUUUACGACUUCGAUGUGCCGACGAACGGCUCUCCCCGCUCGGCCGGCGUGCACCUGUUGUGCCGGUCGCCGUCGCCGCUGCGCGCCGCCUCAUUCGACGUGCGCUGCUCGUCGCCGACCCCCGUGCCCGUCGUCGGCCAGCCCGUCGGCGAACUCAGGACACCGUCACCCUCGCAGAGCUCCCUUACCUCGCUGACUGAACGAUCCGUCUCCCCCGCGUCCAGUGUCGCCACCACCAGAGGACCGCAGGCUCGCUGCUUGUCCCCGCUGCUGAUCCCACCCCGUUCGCCCUCCUGCUACGACGCACCCCCCUCGUCCCCGUUGGGCGCAAUACGCCCCGACCUCUACACCAGGCGCGAAGGUCCGCUUUUCCUUGGCGACUCUGAUCACAGUUUGGGACGACUCCACAUCCGACUGAAGUACGAUUUUGAUAGAUCAGAUUUCACCGUUCAUCUCAUUGAAGCUCACGAUUUGGCGGGAAGCGACCAAGGCGGCUUCAACGAUCCGUACGUGAAGCUGGCGCUGGUGCCGGAGGUGGAUAACCGCAAGAGGCAGACCUCCAUCCACCGCAACGACCCAAACCCCUUCUUCGACGAGACCUUCAAGUUCCCCGUUUCCAUGGACGACCUGCAGAGCAAAGAGCUGGUUUUACAGGUAUUCGAUUUCGAUCGCUUCUCGCGAAAUGACGUCAUUGGAGAGGUUCGCAUAAGGAUUGAUGAGCUCGACCUAUCGUCCAGCCUUGAGAUUUGGGGAGAGAUCACGCGGAACAAGAAACCGCCAGAGGAGAUGCAGGAAGUUCUUCUCUCGCUGAGCUACUUGCCAUCGGCUGAGCGUUUGACGGUGGUUUUGCUGAAGGCCAGAAAUUUGUUUCUCCCUUCAGACAAGUACUCGAUCGAUCCUUACGUGAAGGUUUAUCUGCUCAUUGACGGCAAGCGGAUGAAAAAGAAGAAGACGGCUGCUCGCAAAGAGAAUUGCAACCCUGUCUGGAACGAAGCUCUGUCCUUCAACGUUUCGGCGUCCAACCUGCCAAAUGCAGCGAUUGAGAUUUGCGUGAUGGACCAGGCGAACGAGCUGAUGAGCAGUGGGCCCCUGUUGGGCUGCUGCGUGGUGGGCCCCCGCGAGCAUCAGGGGCCGGAGCGCGAUCACUGGAUUGAAAUGACCCAAACGCCGCGCAAGGCAGUCGCCAUGUGGCACACGAUCCGCUAAUUGGCAGGUGAAAGCAGCCAGAGAGGGAUAUCACGAUUCAAUCAAAAUGUACAUAGUCGUUGGUUGUGCACCCGCGAGAGUCACUCUGAAGACGAAAACACACACACGUACACAAAAACAGACAAAAAAGGUUUAAAUCAUCCACGUGCAGCUUUUUUCAUUGCCUUUUCACUCGCGGAUUAGAAAUUCUAGGCGUGCAUUUAGCUAAAAAAAGGCAAUUGAAAUUUUUUGAUAUAUAUAAGCUGUUAUUAUGAAUAGAUUUCGUUUAUUUGCCGUGAAUUUGACCCAGUUAUAGAAGGGGCUUUUUGAGAACUAUCAAACUUCUUGUUAAAAAAAACUUAUGGCGAGAGCUUACACGUAUUUGAAUGGAACGAGGAGGCAUCUAUAUUGACGUAUAUUAAUCAUGAUAUGGUCCUGAAAAUGUUGAUCUAUGGUUCGUGUUAACCAGAAAACCGAUAUUGUGCGACCCCUUCGGUUUAAGGAAUUAAUAAACUAUCUGUGCCAACCGAAAUUGUAUUGAAAAGUGUGAUCAAGCGGGGAAUUUUCGAUCGAUGUUGCCCUAAAAGUGUUUGUCGUGAAACCUUUAUCUUGUGAAUGAAUAAACUGCAUUAAAUUCAAUAUUGUAAGGAACUAAAAUCAUAAGUUUCCCACGUUUGAAUUGAUAUCUAAAAUUCUCAUCAAAGGAAAUGAUUAGGGAUGUGCAGAAGUGACCGAAUUCACCAGUUGUGUAAGCUCUUUUAGUUUUUGAACCCACCAAUAGAUAGCGCCAGUGGUUUCUUUCGAUUUUAAUUAACUUCCGCUGCGAUUUAAGACCCAAUCCUGCUGCUGUGCAUUCUGCUUCUAGAAUUAUUUCUUUAGACGUGCUGAAAACAAAAAUCUGUCCAGCCAUUCGCCGUAGAAACGUCGAAAAAGAUUUUUUUUAUUUCAAAAAAUAGUUUUUUUACGAUUCUACGUUGAUUUGCUUAACUAAUUUUGGUUUUCAGCACGUCAAAAGAAAAAUUAUUAAGUGUAGAAUGGGCAGUGGCAGGAUUGAGUCUGAAAUCGCAGCGGAAUUGCCUUAAUAUCGAAAGUAUACGGUGGCGCCAUCUGUUAGUUGGUGGCUUCAAACACUAAGGGCUUACGCAACUGGGGAAUUUUUGCUUAAAAAUAACAAUAUAUAUAUGGGUUAGUAAAGGCGAAACAUUUUAUUUAUUUUGCCAAGUACCAUCAGUGAAAUAGCCGCUUGUAUCUUUUCCACUUGAAAAUGUAAAAAUUAAUCGAUUUCUACGAGUAAACGGUUGGGAAAAUUACUGAAUUUAAUAAUUGUUUAUUUCAAAAAACAAAUUCAGUGGAUUCUUUUCUUUGUGAGGAUGUAGCUCGCGGGAACUUAUAUGGCAUCACACGUGACGCAAAGCGAAUGAAAAUCGUAAAUUUGACAUUCUCAGCUGAAAUUCUGAAUAAAUCAUCGAUUUAUUUGGUUUUGCAGAAGUAACCUAUACACGAAAUCCGUUUUUAAAUUGCGCCAUAAAGUUUAUGCUUGAUUUACAGCCCAAACCAGAUAAAUAAAAAUCUAUAUUGUUAAUUUUGCACGUCCCUAAAAAUGCUAAAUAUAAAUUAUUUGCAGAUCUGUUCAUUUCUUGUUCACAAUAAACGCAAUUUCAAAUAUGCUGCAAAUUGACUGAAAUUUUCAAGUCUGCUGGAAACAAUAAACAGGAAAUUUAAAUCUUGAUUUUCAAGUUCCAUUUGAUAACAAUGUGAAAGCACAUAUUCCAUCUCAACAAGGUCAAUUACUCUUUGUCAUAUUGAUAAAAAAAAUUAUAUCUCGUCAGUUUUCUGUGUCAAACAAAAAAUAUAUCAAGUAUACACAUGCGCGCAUUAUAUAACUGUGUUAUUAAAAAUAAUCCUAAUUAAGCAUGAUAAAAAGCUAACUUAUAAUCACAAUUGCAGGGAUGAAAUUGAUAAAUUACACUACACUCGGUGUGUAAAUAAAAAAAGGAAUACUGUAUGUGUGUGCGUGUUCCAUUUGAGCGUAUUAUUGGCCUUUCAUAUUGACAUAAUGUCUUUCAUCGUACAAUUAUACAUGAUUGCGCGCACUUAAUGGUUGGUUAAAUUAUAUAUAUAUAAUAUACACACACACACAAAUUACAAAAGAUAUAAAUACAUUCAAUGCAUAUUGAUUAAUAUACACACGCGCGCGCCGUGACUCCGCGCAAUGACUUGUUACAUAUUGUCUAGAUAAUAUUUAUUCUGGUUCAAAAUUCACACGACUCAAUGGGGGCUGCAGAAAAUCUAAAUUUGACUGAAAGUUUUCGUAAAUUGGCUGGAAAUGCGGCCCCCAUGCCGUGCUGGAGUGUUUAAACUAACUAAUACGCACCGUGUCACUGUUUCUCACGCAUUUUUGGCCUACACUCUACUCUGACUAUUUGAUGUGAGUUUUACAAAAACUGAAACGUGUCUCAAAAACUGCUGUUUUGAUAAAAAGUUGCAACUGCUGGACUGCGGCACAGAGAAAUUUACUUAAAUUUAAUAUUAAUAACGUGUGUAAUCAUAUAGCGUUUUAUAAUAGGUGUUUCUACAGACGCACACUCUUGCACGCUACUGCGGACAAUCUUUCCUCAGCACAAAUUUUCUUUUCGAAAAACUUACAAAAGGGGAGCGAAAAAACCGUCAUGCUGUUUUAUCGCUACCAUUCGACAGUGUUUGACAAAAGGUGACAAUUUGCUUAAUGAAAAUUUUGUGGAAAGUAAAUCAAUGUAUCCGCGUAGUUUCAAAUUGAUUUUAUUUUUUGUUUAGAAAUUUAAAAUUGAAAAAAGAUCAUAUUUCAAUAAACAUCUUAUUUUUUAAGGUGCUCAAUAGCAAGAUGAACUGAAUAAUUAAGUAAAGGUUUGUAUUUUUUUUUCAAAUUUUACCAACAAAAAAUUGUUUUGGAAAUAUGUGACGGCUUGUAACAUAGUUUAAAUCCAAGUUAAGUUUUCAAGACAACAAAUUUUAUUUUGGCCAAAGGCCAAAUUAAAAAAGAAUUUUUUUGUCUAUUAAAUAACCAUCCAUUUCAAACACUUUUGCGAUGGUAGUAAGAAAAGCAAUUUUAUCUAGGAUUAUAAUAGGUGUUCUCUCCUAUUUCGCUUCAACUUUUUUCAUCUUUGCCUGUGAGUGAAAUUUCAUAAAUUUUUUAAUUUUGAAUCUUUAAGCAAAUAGUCUCUAAAAUCUGUCCUGUACUUUCUGCUUUCUCUUGUACAAAUGACGCUUAAACAUAUUCUAAAUAUUCAGAGAAUUUCAAACUCGCCUCAUCUAUAAAUAAAUGAUUUUUAGUCCACGAUUUAGCUGUUCCACUCUCACUUUCAGUUCACGAUAGACGCUCAGCAAAACUUGAAUGUCGGAAACUUCUCACACAAAACAAAAACUUGUUGCGUUGUUUGUAAUCUGUAUUACAAAUCAUCAUCGUGCUGUGUUUCAAUAUCGAUACCCUCUGUUGAAAAUAUGAAAAGGUACACUGUGUGCAUGUGCAUCGGCAGUCGGGGGCUCUACUGGCUAGCCCACAACUAAAUAUUCAUUGUAUUCUUGGACUGUCUAAAAUAUACUAAAAUAUUUUCAUUCUUCAUGUAGUGAUUUUUUUUUAAUUCUCUCCAUUAAUUGUGCGCAUCUAAUUUAUAUUGGAACUCAUCUACUUAAAAUAAAAUAAUUAAAAAUCGCGGCUUGUGUGUAUGUUACAGCGUGUGAUGGUUAUGUGUUCAUGCGAAUUGUGAAUUUACACUGUGCAACAAAUUGUUCUUCUGCCGUUCUAUUGUAAUUUUAUCGGGUGGUAUAUAUUUCAUAUUAAUUUGUAACGAGCGUUGCGCUCUUUGCAAAAAAUUGUGCGGAAACAAUGUCAUCGUCUUUGGAACAAUAAAUAUUUUUGUGUUCUAAAAUUGA